AUGUCUGCCGCCGCCUACCCAGCCAUCAAGCUCUUCACGGGCACGUCCCACCCCGAGCUCGCGCACCUCAUCGCCAAGCGCCUCGGUAUCCCAAUCGCCAAGGCCAACGUCUCGCAGCCUCCCUCGGGUGAGACAAAGGUCACGAUCGUCGAGAGCGUGCGCGACUACGAUGUCUACAUCGUCAACACUGGCGCCGGCAACGUCAACACCUCGCUCAUGGAGCUCUGCAUCAUGAUCCACGCGUGCAAGAUUGCCAGCGCGCGCCGCAUCACCGCCAUCAUCCCGCACUUCUUCUACGCGCGCCAGGACAAGAAGGACAAGUCGCGUGCGCCCAUCACGGCCAAGCUCAUCGCCAACAUGCUCCACCAGUCGGGAUGCGACCACGUUAUUACCAUGGACCUGCACGCGUCCCAGAUCCAGGGCUUCUUUGACGUUCCCGUGGACAACCUCUACGCCGAGCCCUCGAUGAUCCACUACAUCAGGAAUAACAUUGACGUGUCCAACUGUGUCAUUGUCUCGCCUGACGCCGGUGGUGCUAAGCGCGCGACCUCGAUCGCCGACCGCCUCAACGUCGACUUUGCCCUCUUCCACAAGGAGCGCAAGCGUGCCAACGAGGUGUCGCGCAUGGUCCUCGUCGGUAGCGUCAAGGGCAAGGUCGCGGUUCUCGUCGACGACAUGGCCGACACCUGUGGCACCCUCGGCCUUGCCGCGCGCAACCUCCUCGACGCGGGCGCGCUCAAGGUGUACGCGCUCACGACGCACGGCAUCCUCGGCGGCCCGGCACUCAAGGUCAUUGAGGAGAGCGGCCUCGAGAAGCUUGUCAUCACCAACACGCUCCCUCAGGCCGAGAAGGCGGCGCUGUGCUCCAAGAUUGAGGUCGUCGACAUCUCGCCUGUCUUGGCCGAGACCAUUCGCCGCUCUCACUUUGGCGAGUCGGUCUCUUACCUCUUCCACGAGGUUCCCUUCGGCAACGGGAUCUAG